CAAAGUUGUGCUUUGUCAAAUCUAAAAUAAAUUGUCAAUAAUUUGAAAUGAAUAAUCUAGUGUGUUUUGAUAAUUAUGUUUGUACAGUUGAAUCGUAAUCCUGUACGUGUUAGGAUUUGAAUACUUGAUUUCAAUGUUCGUACAAAAUUCAAAGAAUUAGAAAUUCAGUUUAGUAUCAUUAUCGUUGGAAAAUCCAUCAAAAUUUUUGCUCCCAAUAUUUCAACGAAUCGUCAACAUCACAGCUGUUCAAAUUUCGGAGAAUAAAUGGAUAACGAAUCUGAGAUCGAUUUGUGCGGAGAUGAGAACACCUCGAAAUCUGGAAAAUCAGAAAAUGUCGAUUUGACUGAUAACUCUCUCAACGUUGUGAUAUCGGAUGCUCUCAGCGAAAAAGAUCGCGUAAAAUUUACCGUCAACACCAAAACAACCCUUCCAGAUUUUCAAAAACCAGAGUUCUCCGUCGUUCGACAACACGAAGAAUUCAUUUGGUUACACGAUCGAUUCGAAGAAAACGAAGAAUAUGCCGGCUAUAUUAUUCCUCCUGCUCCACCGAAACCGGACUUCGACGCUAGUCGUGAAAAAUUACAAAAAUUAGGAGAAAGCGAAGGCACCAUGACACGAGAAGAGUAUAAUAAAAUGAAACAAGAAUUAGAGGCAGAAUACUUGGCCAUUUUUAAAAAGACUGUUGCCAUGCACGAGAAUUUUCUUACACGUCUAGCUCGACAUCCCGUCUUCCGUAAUGAUCACAAUUUCAAAGUUUUCUUAGAAUAUGACAAAGAUCUAUCCGUUCGUUCGAAGAAUAAAAUGGAAAUGUUGGAGGGCUUGGUGAAAUCUUUAUCGAAAACCACCGACGAGUAUUUGCUUUCGGCGACCAUGAAAGAUGUCAAUGAUUUCUUCGAACAGCAAAAGAAUUUUCUCAUUGGUUACUACGGUCACCUGAAAGAAGCUACAACGAAAGCUGAUAGAAUGACUUCCAAACAUAAGGAGGUCGCUGAUUCGUACAUAAAAAUCUCAAGUGGCUUGGUUCAUUUAGCUACGAUUGAUCAUAAAGAAUUAGAUAGAUAUUUAAAUAAAGUCGCCGAAGCUUUAGAAAAAGCUAGGAAAAUCGAAGGUCGAUACGCAUCGGACGAAGAUUUAAAGUUAUCGGACACAUUGCGUUACUGUAUGGGCGAUACAUUCGCCGCUAAACGAUUAUUAUAUCGAAGAUUACGUUGUCUGGCCAAUUACGAAAGUGCGAAUCGUAAUCUGGAGAAAUCUCGAGCUAAAAAUAGAGAUGUCCAACACGCUCAAGAAGUCAGCGAAGCGGAAAAUGCUCAGCAACAAGCUUGCGAGAAAUUUGAAGUCAUGUCCGAUAAAGGGAAGGAAGAAUUAAUCGAUUAUAAGAACCGUAGAGUGGAAAUGUUUCGGAAGAAUUUAGUCGAUUUGGCUGAAUGGGAAAUUAAACACGCUCAAUCGCAAGUGCAAAUGUUGAACAAUUAUAUCGCUGCCCUGAAACAAGACGAAGAUCUGAAAAGCCCCAUGACAGUAUUGUCAUAAGUGAAUAGUGCCUCGUGCCUUUAAAUCGUGCAUUAUCCAUUUAUCUAAUAUCGUUUAACGAAAACCCAAUUUUUUAAAUUUCAACCCAAGUGGUACGUGUUGAAUUCUUGGGAACGUUAUUUAGUAUUUAUUAAUCAGAGAUAUCAAAAACUCGUCUCAUUUUAAAAUUAUGUAUUAUUAGCCGGAUGAAGUAUUUUUUUUUAUUCGAUUUUUUUUUUAUUAUUUAGGUAGCAUAAUAAACCUUUUAUCAAAUUGAAAAUUACGUGUAUCAUCGAUGGAAUGUUUUCUUGGUAUUUUGUUACCUUGUCGUAGAUGAAAGUAAAAUACUAUGUAAUAAUGUUUUUUCAUUUUUGUUACAUUCCUGAUUCCAUUAUCGUUUUUAUUCUUCUUUUUAUUUCAUUUAUUUAAUCGAUUAAUUUUUCUUUUUUUUUUGUUUAUUCAAAUUGUGUAUUUAUAUACGUAUUACAAACGUGUAGUAUUAUUUUCAUAAAUAAAUUAUUCUUUCGAUAUAUU